UUGUGGUUUGUUUAUGCCAUCACGUGAAUGAUAGGUAUUACCUAUUUCAAAUUUUAAUCGACAAAUCAAAAUUACUGUACUGCAGCAAUAUAAUACGUUAAAAUGGGGUUGUCGUGUAUUUGUUCAAGUCAUUCGGGUCAAUCAGAAGAUAAUUCGACCACCGAGAGUAGUACACCCUCGAACGUCAAAAUGAUUGAUCUAACAAUCAAGACAUUGGAUUCGCAGAAUCAUAAAUUCCGCGUUCCAGACACUUUCACCAUAUUAGAACUCAAAGAGCAUAUUGCAGCACAAGUAAACGUCGCAGUUGUUCAACAACGAUUGAUAUUUUGUGGUCGUGUUUUGAGCAAUGAAACCAAACUUGCUGAUAUCGGUAUUGAUGGAAAAGUUAUGCAUCUUGUGCAGAAAGUCCCUCGUUUGUCUACUACUACAUCUGGAUCAUCAUCAUCUACAACAACAAAUACUAAUAGUCGCUCAGGGCAAAAUGCAGGACCUGGAUUUAGAGGAUGGCAUGCACAUGAUCCCACUGUUCUAUUUGGUGCGAUUGGUAUUCCUUCAGAGUUGAUGCAUGCUGGAGAUUUGCCACGUCUUUUAAGUACUAGAAAUCAAGGGACUGGUAAUAGAGUGUCUUUGGCUUUAGAUAUGAUACGUAGAGGCAAUGAAAUAUUAAAUAGACUUGAAAAUCCAAGAAGCAAUGGACAAUCCUCUGCUUCUAAUGCAAGACAAUUUCCAGAAGGAUCACAACAAGCAGAAACUACUUCCACUAGUGUACCACCAGAAGUAGUAGGAGCGCCAGAAUCAUCCCAGCCAGAAUCAUCUACUUCAGAAUCAUCUGCACCACAAUCGCAAACAGAUUCAGAUUCAGUAAAUGUGAGUUAUGAAGUGGAUGAAACAUUUCCAAAUACUGUUGUUGUUACUAUUGAUGCUACACAUCAUAUGAGAAUGCCUCCAGGAUUAAUGCGUCAAGUGCAGAAUCACAUGCAAACAAAUAAUCUAUUUCCUCAUCCUCAAAAUGCACCUGAACUUUCUGGAGAGCCUGAAGUUAUAGAUGUUACACCUGACACUACUCCAGUUGGAUUAUCAACUAACCAAUCUUCAUCUGAACAAGCUACUGGAACUUUACCAUCUUCUGCAUCAUCUGAACAAAAUUUAAGGAAUGAUCACCAAACCUCUGAAAAUAGAUUAACAGUUGCUAUAAGUGACAGACGUCGUUUAAGAGAACUUAUUGAACAAUUAAAUAAAUUAAAUGCAAGACUUAAACCAUUUUAUGCUAUGUAUUGUGAAUAUAUUAAUGACGAUCCUCAAUUUGAAACUACUGAGGGUGAACAUGGAACACUUAGAGCACAAAAUGUUUUCAAUGGUGUGUCAGAAGUGUUACAUUAUAUAUCACAUGUUUAUCAUGCAAUUAGUGAUUUAAGAGUUGCAUUUAAUAGACCACCACCACGUUCUCUUCAAUCUCGUCCUUGUUUAUUACAAGGUACUAUUUUGCAUGCUGCUCAUUCAGUUACAACUACUACUACAGCAGCACCUCCAUCUACUCAACAACCUACUUCUACACAAACAACUACCACAAGUCAAUCUAUACCUAGUAUACGAGCUGUUAGAGUUGAUUAUCGAACUGGAAGAGAAAUUCCUAUGACCAUUCCACCAGCUACUGAAACAAAUACUAACAUGUCAGUUGAUCCAAAUACUGAUAGUAAUAAUACAACAGCAGAGUUUCCGCCUGAGGCUCCUCGGGGAGUAGAACUUAUGUUUGAUCUUGCACCAGGUUCCAUUCGCAUUGAUUCUGUAGAAGCUGCAUUUAUUGACCAAACUGCUCCUACAGAAAAUGGUGGCACACCUGUAGCUGUUACUCAAUCAAUACCAAUACUAUCUGCUGACCCGGCAAUGCCUAUUGACUGGAUGGAUCAGAUGAUUGAUGUUAUUUCUAGUGGAGUGCGACGUCCUUUCAUGUCUGAACAGUCUUUGGACUGGAAUAGUAUACCUACUACUUCUACUCGAACUCCUCGUGUAACUCCUAGGACAACUGAUUCAUCAUCAACAACAAAUCCUCCAUCACAAGGUUUAACUCGUGGACGUUGGGAUACUAGCCCUCGAAUGGAUCCAUUUUUACCAUGUAGUUCACAUCAUUUUGAAUCAAAUUUAAGACCAAUGGUUUUAGCUAGGCGUUCUACUCAAGGAACUGACAGAUCAACAUCUUCUGCCACCAGUGGGAACUCAACUACAGAUACUUCUUCUCCAACUUCUCCUAAUGAAGUAAGAUCUUUUCCCAGUCGACGUCUAGGUCGAUCGAGAUCUCGUUAUGCGCAAGAGUCUGAUACAAUUAUGGCUGGUGUACAUCCAAUUCUGACUUGGGGAAGACAUCGUAACAACACAGCUACAACAUCUGCAAGCAAUAUUAAUCAGGCUACUACACAGGGUAGUAGUUUAACUGAUGCAUUGGCAGGACAAAUAAGAGCUGGAAUGGAAAAUGUUUUUGACACAUUGGAAAGAGAAGUGGAUUUUGAUAGAACCCGAGACUUAAAUUUACCACCUGCAAGCAGUUCAGUGCUAGGGUUUGAGAAUCCAGUAAGUACAUCCACCUCCCAAUCAACUGCACGUCUACCAAAUCAAUUGCUUCUAACCCCUAUUGGUGACAUACCAUACUUUGGCAGUAUAGAGGGUCAAUCUAUAUUGGUAGAUUUAUUCUUGAUGGUUGCUCGUAACUGGACCCUACGUGACAUUUUAAGUGUUAAUUAUGUGUCAAGAAGUUCAACUCUUAGAACCAAUCCUGUUAGUCAACAUUCUGCAGAGUUAGUAGAUUUUAUAUUGGAUAGAAUUAUGCUUAAUCAACCACCCAACAAUCAAAACAUCGAGGAUGCUGCAAAUCGCAUAUUUUUAGAAAUGGUGCCAUAUAUAAAUAUUUUUCAAUGUACUGUGCCAACACGCACAAAUAUUAAUGUGAAUGCAUCUUUCCGUCAAUGUAUUCUUCAAAAUCUACGUGGAAUUGUUAUUUACUGUGCUGAAAAUCGAGCUGGAGCCAUUAAUGAUAUUGCACCUACAUUGUCCAUAUUUGCUGAAGGAUUUUUAUCAUUGAUAGUAUAUUGCUGUAACAGCCGCCCUAUAUUUCGACUAUGUGUUUCCGCAGUAAUGCAAUACUUGCCUCUUCCUACAAAUUUACACCGUUUAAUAAUGGAAGAAAUACGUGCAAAUAUUGACAGAUACUGGGAAAGAAUGACCACUUUUGAGAUGAUGAGUUUGUCUGUAGCUGACUAUAUUGUACCAUUUGAUGAAACUGCACAAAUAUUAAGAGAGGGUAAUGGAGAACAAUCUUCUAAUCCUUCUAUGCCUCCUUCUGAAAUUAUCAAUGAACCAUUACCCGAAGUUGUGAUAGGAUCUCAAGAUUGGCAUCACAGUGUUCCUUCAGAAUGGGUACCAGUUAUAGCUAGAGAUUCACAACGUCAAAGACGUCAAGGAACACAACCACCUUAUAGUGAUGCGUAUUUGUCUGGUAUGCCUAACAAACGCAGGAAAAUAGUGACAAAUUCUAAGCCACAAGGUUCUUUAUCCCAAAUCAUAGCUAAAAAUUUGGAAGUUGCCAUGGGUGCAGCAGGUGUAGCCAUCAAUACAGAAGUGAUAACAAGUGCUGGAGCCGACACCGCUGUGCAAAAUGCGUAUACUGAACGCAUUAGGACAUUUGGCAGAUCCGGAUUAGAUACACAUCCUGAUUUUUGCCCUAUUCGUUAUCCUAAUGCUUCUAAAUUCUUUUACGAUCAUAAUCAUCCAAAUUAAACAAGUUCAUGCAAACAAAAAACAAGCUCCAAAUAUCUUUGUUUUAUUUUAUUUAUAUUUUCUUUAAAAUCCUAUAAUAGACUGACAUGUUAAAAACGAAAAAAAAAUCUGAUGCUAUUGUUUUUAUUAUGUAUUGGAAUUUAUUCAUUUCUCAGGUUAUGCGUGAACGUAAUUUGUACUUUUUAUUAUAAUUGAAUAAAUAUCCCUUUUAGACGCUAACCAUGGCAUGUAAUUUGUUUGGUUAGAUUAUAUUGUAAGGUGUUGGCAAUUAAUGUAACAUCAUUUAAUGGAUAUUUAUAAUGCUUUUUACAACACUGUAUAUAUACAUAAUAUAAUAUUAUGUACCUAUUAUAAAGUUAAAUAUUACUAUUUUGUUUGGAU